AUGGUCAAGCUGAACAAGAACCUCUCCUCCUCCCGGAGCAAGAGCCGUGCCGCUCACUUCAAGGCCGGCUCCGGCCAGCGCCGUGUCAUCAUGAGCGCUCCCCUUAGCAAGGAGCUGCGCGAGAAGUACAACGUUCGCAGCAUCCCCAUCCGCAAGGACGACGAGGUCACCAUCGUCCGUGGCUCCAACAAGGGCCGUGAGGGCAAGGUCACCUCCGUCUACCGCCUCAAGUACGUGAUCCACGUCGAGCGCGUCACCCGCGACAAGGCCAGCGGCCAGAGCGUCCCCCUGGGCAUCCACCCCUCCAACGUCGUCAUCACCAAGCUCAAGCUCGACAAGGACCGCGAGAGCAUCCUGGCCCGCUCCAAGGUCGGCCGUGAGCUCCGCGUCCCCAACAAGAUCUCUGCUUAAAUCUUCUCUGAUUUAAGCGGAUGAAUCUGGGAGCAAAAGAAAAGAAAAAACUGGUUGAGACGAGGAGAUGAACACUUUUUUUUUCGACACGAAACACACUCAACACAGGGGGUUUUCUUCCCCCCCAUGUGAUGCAUUCCACGGCAAACAAUGAUACGGGGCAAGGAAAUGGGCAC